AGGGGGCGCGGUCUGGGCGGGGCUGAGCGCUGGUUCUUAAAUAGGCAAGGCUAGGCCACGUGUUUUGCGAGUGGCCCGCAAACAUCAGUGGGACCUGCGUGGCUCUCUGUCUGUUCUGUGCAGCGAUGUCGGGGGCAUCCUCCAGGAGCCUAGGGAAAGGAAGCGCGCCCCCGGGCCCAGUCCCCGAGGGCAAGGUCCGCGUCUACAGCAUGAGGUUCUGCCCCUUCGCUGAGAGGGUGCUGAUGGUCCUGCAGGCCAAGGGAAUCGGGCAUGAAAUCAUCAAUAUCAACCUGAAAAAUAAGCCCGAAUGGUUCUUAAAGAAGAAUCCCUCUGGGAUGGUGCCUGUUCUGGAGACCAGUCAGGGUCACAUCAUCUCUGACUCGGCCAUCAUUUGUGAGUACCUGGAUGAGGCAUACCCGCAGAAGAAGUUGUUUCCAGUUGACCCUUACAAGAAAACUCGUCAGAAGAUGACCCUUCAGCUCUUCUCUAAGGUGCCGCCUCUGGUUAGAAGCGUUAUCACCGUGAAGAGGAAGGAAGACUAUCCCAGCAUAAGAGAAGAACUGAAGAAAGAGCUGAUGAAGCUAGAAGAGGAACUGUCUGAAACGACAAACUUCUUAGGUGAGCGCUUUCCCUCGAUGAUUGAUUAUCUUAUGUGGCCUUGGUUUCAACGACUGGAAGCACUGGAUCUCAGCGAAUGUAUAGUCCCAACUCCGAAACUCAAGGUCUGGAUGGCUGCCAUGCAGAAAGACCCCAUCGUAGUAUCCCACUUGAUAGAUGCCGAGACCUUUCGCACUUUCUUAAGUCUCUACCUACAGGACAGCCUUGAGGCCUGUGACUAUGGGCUCUGAAGGGCCAGGGUUCUCCAUGAAUGAAUAACACACUUCCAUUUUACUCAUUCUUCUCACUAGCUCGGGCCUUAUGACCUCCAGGCCCGUCUAUUGCAUUUUAUUUCAGAAUAAUCAAUUCUAAUGCUACUGACAGUCUUCA